UAACGUGCUGUAGCUGUGAGGGAGCCCAGGAAAUACAAAUAAUGGAGGAAAAGAGGGAAUUCUUGACGGUCAGGUUUGGAGAAGAUCACUGAAAAGUCAACUGGAUUCAUCCUUUAGGUUACCUUUGAUAGGCGACACUGGGAGCCAUGGAUUCAUGGCUGGUGCAGAGAGAUGAAUGUACGUGAGUACACUGAGACUUCCUCUUUAUUUUAAAGAGUGAAUCUGGAUUCUUUUUUGAUUAACAAACUAUGGGCCAAGGACACAGUGGCACAGAAAAAGAAGUGGCUCUGAAGAACAUCCAGGGACUCUACCGUAAGUUUGCAGACGAAUGCCCAAGUGGAAACCUGCACUUACAUGAAUUUAAGAAGAUCUUUGGGGUCACCAGCAAAUCCACAGAGGAAGAAUCUGCUUAUAUGGAUAAUGUGUUUCGAUCCAUUGAUACUAAUAAGGACGGUCAUAUAGACUUCUUGGAGUAUGUAGCAGUGGUUCAUCUUGUUCUUCGUGGAAAAUUGGAGGACAAGCUGCGAUGGUCUUUCAAAGUUUAUGACCGGGAUGGAAACGGCUGCCUGGAGAGACAUGAAAUCGUGACCAUUCUUAGAAUAAUCCACAAGAUAAAGCAACACAACAACCCGAGUGUCAGUGACAUAAAUGUUGAUGAAGUUUGUGACAGAAUAUUUGAGCUGUUGGACAAGAACGGAGACAGUGAGAUUUCUUUAGAGGAAUUUGUCGAGGGUGCUGAGAAGGACCCGUGGGUGCUGGAGCAGCUCAGACUGGACAUCGGGCCUUGUGAUUGGUUCAAUCAGAAGCAUGAGAAAACCUGACUUUAAAUGUGCAGUCAUUAUGAAUGACUGGACAUAAAGAGACAGUGAUAACUGGCCUUAGUAUUUUCUAAGUACCUUUUUUACCCAGGAGAACACUUAAAUUUUUUACUCAUGUUUGGAGGUUUUUGCUAUUCAAGGUCAUUUGUCCUUGUGGGUUUUUAUAAUCUGAGAGAGUUCAGAUUAAGUGUAAUCUCAAGGGAUGUUUUUUUUAUAGGGCAUCUUAAUCUUUCACUGUGGUUUCAUUUUCUUAAUGAAAGAGCGUAAUAACCUCACUCCUCUAAUGUUCUUUAUUUCACAUCCUGGAACCUCUGAAUGGAGACUAAACCUGACUGUGAUAUGACCCUAAACUUCUACAGCCAAGCAGUUCUCAUCAGUUUAUCUGUGGAUCAACACUUCUGCAAAUUAGACAGAUUUAUCUGGAUAAAUCCAUCAUCAAACACAGCAAAAACUUAAAACAAAGAGAGGGUAUUGCUCUAAUUUUCUUUCAUGAAUAUCUCAUUCAAAGAAAUGUAAGCAUAAAGCAGAACUGUGCAUCGUGACUGGUCUCACAAUUCAAUGGUUAUCAUGCAAACGAUUCGAUUUAAUUUGAUAUCAGGAUUCAUCAGGAUAGGUUGCAUCCUCAAUUUUCUAGAUUACUGGUACUUAUUAUCAGUGCAGGCAAAAUGUCAAAUAAAUACAAACUCCCUACGUCUAUGUAAAUUCCCUUACAUUGUAAGUCUAAGUAGAUAAUUGAUACAUUCUACUAUAAAUCCUCGAAUAACCAUCAGAGCCUACAUUUCUUUGGUUAAGAAGGGGCAAAGCCUUAACAUGAAGCCUAACAGCCGAAUGAAGGUCUGUGGGCAGUCAACCACAGACUUGCAGGUAACAUGCAACCUAAUUCCCAAAAAAACUGACACAUUUUACUAUUUCAUGAAAAAUAUUAGCUCAUUUUAAAUUUGAUGGCAGCAACACAUCUCAAAAAAGUAGGGACAGGGCAACAAAAGGCUGGAAAGUAAAUGGUACUAAUGAAAAACAGCUGGUGGAGCAUUUUACACCAAAUUAGGUCAGAAACACGACUGGGUAUAAAAGGAGCGUUUUAGAGAGGCAGAGUCAUUAAGAAGCGAAGGUGGGCAGAGGCUCACCAAUCUAUGAGUAAUUGUGGAGCAAAUUCUGACAUUUCACUAAUAGAAAAAAUUUGAAUGAAAAAUCCCACAAAGAAGACCCAGGACUAGAAUCCCACAUGAGACAAGAAUGGGACAACAUUCCUCUCCCAAAACUCUGGCAACUGACCUCCUCGUUUCCCACUUGUUAAAAGAAGAGGGGAUGCUACACAAUGGUAAACAUGGCAGUCCUUACUUUUUUGAGAUGUGUUGCUGCCUUUAAACUUAAAUGAAUUAAUUCUGAAUGACUCCUCUUAUUUCAAGUCAAAAGUUUGCAUUAAAAAGAAAAAGCUGAAAAAUUGAAAGUAUAAUUUAAAGGUUUAGUUGGGUUCUUCUCUUUUCUCCUUAAUUUAUAGGUUUUCUUUUCAAAAACAUUUUUAAAAAUAUCAAAAAUUAUUCUAAGUGCAUAUCAACUUCAGAUAGUCCUGUUAAGAUUUUAAAUAGGUGGCAAACUGCAGGAUAACUUCCUACUGUGAGGGUAAAACAUGCCAGGAAUUUUUGGUAGCCUGCAUGUGGUUAUACAAUAUCUUUAAAUGCAAAUUUAAAAGAAGAAAGGCUGCAUGUGUGAAAAGGGCAAAAAGAUCCAAAUGCUGAUCAUUUUUAAGAAAUAUGUUUGAUGUCAAUACACAGAUUAGUCCAAGCACAUGCUGUAAACCACAGCUUGAAUGUAUUUAAAUGAUAUUUAUACUGUUUAAUCACAAUGUGCCUGGUUGAAAACCCAGAAUAAAUGUCCAUGUGUUGUUUAGAAGGUAAGGUGGGUGAAUGAUAAACAAGCUGCCUGCAGGUAACAGCAGAGGAUGGAUGGUAAU